AUGGCCACCACCCACUCGCAUGAGCACGACCACUUUCUAGGCAACGAUCUCCCCCCACCGGCCUAUGAGCUCACUGAUAGCGAACUCGACCGUAAAAUAGCGGACGCAACUCGACAGUCUCUUUCCCUCCAACAAGAGCAAUUGCAACGCCCCACUUUACCUCCACGUAGGCUCGAUCUCAUCGCCCUUCGUCUUCGACGAAGACGGAUUCCGCUCUGGUCUGAAGAGCUCUUCAAAUACAACGAGUCCCAACGGCAACGUGAAGACGAGUCUCGGAGUGCAAAACUACAGUCUGAGUACAGUCGUGUUGGAACGAACGCCUCGGGUUCUUCGGCGUCGACUUCGACUUCUCCUCCCAUCCAGCCCGUGCCCAUCUCGGGCAACGCGAAACAAAAAGAGAACAAGUGGUGGUUUGAUUCCGAGGUUGCAGAGAUUGGACAGGACGACGAUGACGGGCUUAAUGUGGGACGGCCACCUUCGAUGUCUCCGCAAACGCAAAACACGGGGCGUCCGCCCCCAAUCCAAGUUCAAGUUGGUCCGCGCCCACAUGACGUAUUGGCCCAGCCUCAAUCUCCAACGAGCGACGUUGAUGAAGACGAUAUUUUAGCGGCAAAUGCACCAUCUUUGGGCCGUGCACCGACGUAUUAUCCUAUGGGCCAGGCCCACCCAGGUCAUGCACAGCGACUUGAAAGACACACGACUCGGGGAAGCGUUAGUAGCAUCCAGACUGCACUGCCCACUUUCACCCCCGAGCCUGAGAGUUUGGAAGGGCCAGCAUAUGAAGAAGUUGAGCCGGUUUCGAACCCAAGGGUGCAGCGCCAGUCGGCAGAGUGGAGGCCACUGGGUGCGAGGCCACAGGUGCAGGAACGUGUGAGUCGGGCAUCGGUUGUGCCGUAUUCUUCGACGUCUCCCCCGCCUAGGCCUACUAUACCCACUUCUGCAUCUGCUCCUGCAGUCAUUCCUACCCUCGUAUCUACUCCCGCGCCCGCUCCCAUUCCUUCUCCUCCGCCUCCACACACCCGUCCCUCUAUUCCGAUGCAUCGGCCGACUGCUCCCAGCACAUACACACCUCCAGUAUCCCUGAGACCCUCAGCGCCUCCAGUCACUUCAUCGUAUGCCCCAAGUGGAUAUAACCCUCCUGUGUCCGUGCCAAGGCCAUCAAACUUUGAUCCUUCCGGUGCCUACCGUCCUGCACAAACCCAGACGCAUAGGUACACACUUGCUGGCCGAGUCAACGGGGACGAAGGGAUAGUUGAUGCCCAGAAUGCAUUGAGAGAAGGAGGUGCCAGCGCGUUUUAUAAUACUGCUGUUGCGGGUACAAUGCUGAAAGCGCCGGCGUUCCAAGCUCCAGCUCCUCCGCCUUCACGAAUAAAUGAUGACGAUGGUGCGAGCAUAUUCUCUGGCCGGAGUGCAGGACGGCAAAGUCUUGGUGGCAACGCACGAAUGAGUGUACAUGCGCCCAGCGACCCUAUACCCAAUAGGAUGAAUUAUCUACCGCCUCCCCUACCAACAAUGGCUCAAGCGUAUCAACCAAUGGGAGGUCAGGCUUACCAACCACCAUCCAUGACCAGUCCUGCACCUGGAAUGUUUGUCGCGCCUCUUCCGCCUGGUGCUUACCAACCGAACCUCGGAGGAUCUCGACCUCUUCCUAACGCGCCCGGGUUCGCCCAGCAACAGCAACCAUUUGUGGCGCCUCCCCCUCCACCGGGGGUGGGCAACCAGUCUUUUGGGAAAAUAGGCAAGCUUUAUAAAAGGCUCUAG